GGCAACAGAAGUUUUACAAUUGAACACAUCUGUUGAUAGUUUUGGAGACGUGAUCUUUAAAAAAAAGAUAGCCACGUCGUCCAGUGUGACAAACCGGUAUCAUUUAUUUAUUUUAUGAAAAAUACUUUUAAAGUAAAAUGAAAGUGAAGGAAAUUGAUAGAAUGGCUAACAUAGCCUGGUCCCCAGCUGCACAUAAUCCUAUUUAUUUAGCUGCUGGUACAGCUGCACAGCAACUGGAUGCCACAUUCAGCACAACGGCUGCUUUAGAAAUUUAUGGUCUAAACCUUACAGAGCCUGGACUUGAUAUGUCAAUGAAAGGAAGUGUUGUUUCUGAUUCCAGGUUUCAUAAAAUUGUGUGGGGAUGUGAGGGAAUGAAAACAUCUGAUGUGAGCAGUGGAGUAAUUGUAGGUGGUGCUGAUGGUGGUAACAUUAUGAUUUAUGAUGCUGCAAAACUCAUACAAGGGGACUCGGCUAUUCUUCAUCAUACCACAAAGCAUACUGGUCCUGUUCAUUCAUUGGAUUUCAAUAAAUUUCAGGAUUGCUUACUUGCAUCUGGUGCUACUGAAUCAGAAAUAUUCAUCUGGGAUUUGAAUAAUCCUGUUUCACCUGUAACUCUUGGUGCAAAAUCUCAGCCUCCAGAAGAUGUAACAUGUGUUGCAUGGAAUUGUCAAGUACAGCAUAUUCUUGCCUCCACAUUUCCCGCUCGCUGUGUUGUUUGGGAUUUAAGAAAGAAUGAACCAAUAAUUAAAGUAUCAGAUUCUUCAUUUAGGUUACGCUGCAAGGUAGUUGCUUGGCAUCCCGAAGUUGCUACACAAUUAUGUUUAGCCUCUGAAGAUGACCAUAGUCCAGUUAUCCAGUUGUGGGAUUUGCGCUUUGCAACAUCACCCUUGAAAACUUUAGAACAUCAUCAAAGGGGAGUCUUGUCCAUAGCUUGGUGUCCUCAAGAUCCUGAUCUUCUUCUCUCAUGUGGCAAAGAUAAUCGCAUUUUGUGCUGGAAUCCAAAUUCAAAUGUUGAAUCGGGUGAGGUGCUGUGUGAACUGCCAACCAGCAACCAGUGGAGUUUUGAUGUAACUUGGUGUCCAAGAAAUCCUGCAGUCAUUGCCAGCUCUUCAUGCGAUGGACAUGUUAGUGUUUUCUCAUUGAUGGGAGGGCAGCAGCAAGUCCAGUGCAGCUCCAAGAUUGCAGAAUCUUUUCCUGGAUCUGAAAAUUUUAUGCAGCCACCUAAUGUUGAAUCAAUUCAUCGUCAUAUCUCUGUUCCACUGAAAAAACCUCCGAAAUGGGUUAGGAAACCUGUUGGUGCAUCUUUUGGGUUUGGUGGAAAGCUAGUUUAUUUUGGAAAUGAAGUAACAAACCAAAGUCAAAUGGGAGAACAAAUUCCAUCAAGAUAUGUUCAUAUCAGUCAAGUUAUUACUGAACCAGAACUGUUAAAGAAAUCAGAAAAGCUGGAAUCAUCUCUUGCCAAUGGAAAUCUUUUAGAAUUCUGCCAGAAUCGAGUUGAAAAUAGUUCCACCGAUCAAGAAAAGAUUACAUGGAAUUUUCUUCAAGCUACUUUUAAUAAUGCUCCUAGGGCAAAAAUGCUGUCUUUAUUGGGCUAUGAUUAUGAAAAAGUUGUAAAUGAAAUCAACUCCUCCUUAAAACAUCAUGGUCGCCUUUUAAUAGAAAAUCCUGAGCUUAAUGAUCAAGUAUCCAAUUUAAAUAUUGGUGAUGGAAUGCCUAAUGGCUCAAUAGCAUUUGAUAAUAUUGCAAUGAAAGCUAAGGAUGAAGAGGAGCAAGUUCUUAUUCAAACUGAUUCUGAUAUUUCAUCUGAAAUAAGUGAAACUGAUGGUCUUAUAUCACAAGCGCUUUUGACUGGAAAUAUUGCAUCUGCAGUUGAGUUAUGUAUCGAAGAUAACAGAUGGGCUGAUGCUUUAGUUCUUGCUCAAGCAGGUGGACUUCAACUUUUGCAAAAAACACAAAAACUAUAUUUUAAGUCCAACAGUACUAAUUCAUCUAAGCUGAUAUCUGCUGUUGUAACUUCAGAUUGGCAUACCAUGGUUAAAACGUGUAACCUUAAUUGCUGGAAAGAGAUGUUAGCUGCAAUUUUGACAUAUGCAAAGCCAGAAGAUUUUCCAUCUUUAUGUGAAUUACUUGGAAAUCGUUUGGAAAAUAAUGUUCAAUUGAAGCAAAAUGCUUCUUUAUGCUACAUUAGUGCUGGUAAUUUAGAGCGUCUGGCUCAAUCAUGGGUUAAAGUUAAUGAGGAAAUCGAUGUGAACUCUUUGCAGAGCUUGAUUGAACAAGUUAUGAUUUUACGACGUGCCGUUGAGCAGCUAUCCGGUACUGCUCCUCCAUUGCAAACUGGAGUCCUAUCUUCUUUGUUAGGACAAUAUGCAGAAUUGUUAGCUACUCAAGGAAGUUUGAAUAGUGCUAUAACAUAUUUAGUUGAUCCAAAUGAGAGGACUUUGGCUGUUUUACGAGAUAGAAUUUAUCAAGCUUUGGGACAUCGUUCACCUCAGUUUCCAUUUCAACAUGUUGAUGUCAGGCGUUCAAGUACUGCAUCAAGUGUUCAUUCACAGUAUGGAGCGCAACAUCAGCAGCCGCAACAGCAAUCUCAUGUACAGCCAGCAAGGAAAUCAUUCUCUAGUCACACUAAUCAGUCACAGGGAGAAGGGGGGAUUGAUCUCCCUAAGCCCCUAAGUGAUGUGCCUGGUCCCAUGGAUGUUUUUCAAGUCAAAGACUUUAUGGGAUUAAUUAAAGAGGUUUUUCCUACAGUAGUGCAGCACCGACAAUGCCUGGUACUUUCUCAUAUUCUACAAGUAAUUCUGUGCCUCAGUAUCAACAACCUUCUGUACCACCCCCUCUAUACUCCUCCUUCAAGUAAUAUAAUGGCGCCUGUUACACCACCUGCACCUAUUGCACCUCCGACUGCCGAUCUUCCACCUCCUCAGCAAACGUUAAAAAGUUCUUCUGGAAGCCAUGUAUCGCAAAGGUAUCCACGACAUUUACAUGACCCAAGUGUUUAUUCAGAGAAUACAUAUUCAAGUCAGCAACAGUUCUAUCAACCUCAAUCAUUUGCAGCUUCCCAACCACAAAUGAAUGCAUUUUCCCAACAAACUAACUUUUAUUCUGCUCCUGGAACAAGCAUUCCCAGUGCUUCACCUUAUCCACCUGCUAGUGGAGGACCUGUGUAUCAACCUUCAUAUGGAUUUGUACCGUCUUCCCAGGCAAUGGCACCACUUCCAAGUCAGUCUCCUGCUCCAGCAUCUGCUCAAAUGCCGCCUCCAGCAUCUGAAACUCCUCAACCUCUACCAAGUUGUUAUUCAGAAGUUAAACCUGGUUGGAAUGACCCUCCAUUAUUGAAACAGGCACCUGCUAAGUCUCGAAGCUUUGAAAAUCCUACUCCAAUCACUUCGCCAUUCCCAGAUGCUCCAGCACCUGAGCCACAAAUGCCUCCAUAUUCUCAAGCUACAAAUCCAGGGUAUUUUGUUCCAUCAUAUUCACAACACCCUCCAGCUACUAUGAAUGCAAAUGCUAUGCCAGCACCUGUUGCAGAGGAAGCUAAGAUGGUACCACCACGUGUUCCUGAACAGCCUAAAGAGAAAGGACCUAUUCCUCCUGAGCAUCAAGUUCUGCAAGAUAUUUUCGAAGAUUUGAGAAGGCAAUGUCAACAAGUAGCUACAAACCCACAAACAAGAAGAAAGUUGGAUGAUGUUGCCAAGAAACUAGAGAAUCUGUACGAAAGGCUUCGAGAGGGCAUGCUCUCAGGUUCAAUUACCCAUGGCCUCCAUCAAAUAGUUCAAGCAAUAAUGCAAAGUGAUUAUCAAACAGCUCUGGGUGUACAUGGACAGCUUGUGGCUACCGCGAACUUUAGUGAAAUUAGUGGAUUUAUGCCAAGUGUUAAAGUGCUCUUACAGACCGCUUCUCAACUCAAUGUCUUCCUUCAAUGAAGGAAUGUGUGACUGAAAAGUUUGCAACUAAAAGGAGAUGUGAUGGAUUUUUUUGCUGGAAAAGAAUCUGAGAUUUUAAACAUUUAUUUGUUUAUUAAUUUGCUGCAUUCUGAAGAAACAAUGAUCAACUGUAUAGUAUCUUCUAAGCUAAGAACUGUACUUAAAAUUCUUCUAAGCUAAAAAUAUAUAUUCGUGAUUUUAUUAUUUGUUUUUAAAUGAUCAUGAAAUUCUUUAAGAUUUUAUAAUUGAACUAUUUUUUUUUCUGUUUUAUAAUUCAGUAUAUUUGAUGUUUGAUUUUAAAUAUUAAUGCCUAUUUUCAACACUCUAAUUAUUACCAUCAAAAUUUAAAUUUUUAUUUAUUAUUAUAUAGGGUGAAUUCGGCCUAAUCUGCUAAAUGAAUGGAGGUGAUAGAAGAGGCCGAGUGGAGUAUACAUAGAACCACCUAUUAUCUUGUCCGAUUUGUAAUCGUAAUUCAGUUACAGUAGAUAGAAGGAAAAUUAACGAAAAAGCAAAUUUCUGAUGAAAAGUCCAAUUUCUAAAAAUAUUAGAAAACCUGCACACAAAAUAAGUACAUGUUUGGAAAGAGCAGACAAAAUACUAUAAAAAAAAAAAAAAUUCCAAGAGAUAAUCAAAUAUUUCAGUGCUUUAAAACAUUUGAAGGACUCGAAUUUUAAAUGGCGCCAAAAUCUGAAAACAGCAUUUUCGAAAACAAUCGUUUGUGCUACAAUCAAUCAAAUUUACCAAAAACUAGUUCUCCCCACUAGCUUGCGAAUGGUAUCACAGCAAAUCAUAUUGGGGUUCAAGUUUGGCAGAAAUUAAGCCUUUUGUUUGAAACAUUAAAAUCUCUGUUUGCUGAAAAGAGAAACUAGUAAACAUGUCACAGCCCUCGGUAAAUUUCUAUCUCAAUCUAUUUUUUGAUUGAAAGCCAAUUUUUAUACAUAAUUGUGAUGAGAUGAAUAUGUUUUGCCAUAUUGUUUGUCAAAAUAUGGCCAAAGGUAAGGGGAACUCGUGCCGCCAUCUUUGAUUCUAGGUGCAUUUUUUCAGUUUUGUUUAAUCACAAAAACUACUCUUUACUUGCGGGUAAAAUUAUUGAUUGAUAAAUUAAAGAGCAUAAAUUUAUCUUCAAAAAGGUGAUUAUAUUUUUAUUGUGGUUGUACGAGAUGCAACGAUAUUUAAUGUUAAAGUUUGUGAAUGUAGAUCCAGAGCCCAAGUUACAACAAAAAGUGAUGUGUUGAACGUUCGCAAAGACCAGAAAAUGAAAAAAAUCAGGGAAAGUAGUCUCUUUUAAAAAUUAACAAACUUUGAAAUCAAAUAUCUCCAUAGUUCUAACAGCUACAA